UCGAGGCGGCUGAGAUGGAUCAAAUCAACUGCUGCCUCUUUCUUUCUUCUUCUGGUGUAUACACAGGGAAUGGCCGAAGGGCGCCGAGUCACCAAAGUCCCUCGCUGUCCAGCCACCUGCUCCUGCACCAAAGACAGCGCCUUCUGCGUAGACACUAAAGCCAUCCCCAAGAGCUUCCCGCCUGGCAUCAUUUCACUGACAAUGGUGAAUGCAGGCUUCACUGAGAUCCCUGAAGGAGCGUUCUCUCACCUACACUUGCUGCAGUUCCUUUUGCUGAAUUCCAACACUUUCACUGUGAUUGCUGAUGAUGCCUUCGCUGGCCUCUCGCACCUGCAGUAUCUGUUUAUUGAGAAUAAUGACAUUCAGUCACUCUCCAAAUACACUUUUAGAGGCCUGAAGUCUCUAACGCACCUGUCUCUGUCUAACAACAACCUGCAGGUCUUACCCAGAGAACUGCUCAAAUACCAGGACAUCCUCACUGACCUAGAUCUGAGAGGGAACUCGUUCCGCUGCGACUGUAAGAUUAAGUGGCUGGUGGACUGGAUGGAGAAAUCCAACACCUCCGUCCCGACUAUAUACUGUGCCAGUCCCUUUGAGUUCCAGGGCCGACGCAUCCAGGACUUAACACCACGAGACUUCAACUGCAUUAGUGCAGAUUUCGCUUUGUACGAGACCUACCCAUUCCAGACCCUCUCUGUGGAGUCGUAUGACUUUAACGAUGACUUGUAUGUGGUGUUCGCUCAGCCCAACAUGGGAAUAUGUACUGUUUACAUCUGGGAUCAUGUGGACAUGCUUUUCAGGACCCAUUACAACAUCACAUCUCGAUCUGCAGUGUACUGCAAGCCUGUGGUGAUCAACAACACACUCUACAUGGUGGUAGCCCAACUCUUUGGUGGAUCCCAUAUCUAUAAGUGGGAAGAAGGGCCUUUGCAGUUUGUCAAAAUCCAGGACAUCGAUGCCAGCCGUGUACGCAAACCCAACUUCAUCGAGAUGUUUCAGGUUGAAGGAGAUUGGUACUUUGCGGUAGUGGACAGCUCCAAGGCAGGUUCCACUAGCAUCUACCGCUGGAACAGCAACGGCUUCUACUCGCACCAGUCUCUUCACCCAUGGCACCGUGACACACACAUCCACUUCCUGGAGGUGGACGGUAAGGCCCGGCUAAUCUUGUCGAGCUCCUCGCAGCCUCCAAUGGUGUACCAGUGGAACCGUGGGACACGGCAGUUCGUCGUCCACUCUCAGAUCCCACAUGCAGGUGAUGUACACAUGGUCAAGCACUUCUGGGCCCAUCAAGCACUCUACCUCUGCCUGACGCGGUUCAUUGGCGACUCGAGGCUCGUGCGCUGGGAAAGCCAGCGCUUUGUGGAGAUCCAGACGCUGCCUUCACGUGGCUCAAUGGCGCUACAACCGUUUAACGUAGGAGUGAGGCACUACCUGAUUCUGGGCAGCGAUUACUCCUUCUCACGGAUCUACCUGUGGGACGAGCUCACACAGUGCUUCCGGCCUUUCCAGGAACUCAACGUUUUGGCACCUCGUGGCUUUAGCCUCGUCUCCAUUGACAACAAAGACAUCUUGCUCGUUGCCAGCUUUAAAGGAAAGACUGUGGCAUAUCAGCAUCUACUGGUGGACCUCAGUGCCAAGUAAACUCCAGACUAAAGCUGAUUUCAUCUCAAGGAGUAUAGGUUUUGUUAAUGGAAGAUCAAUAUGUUGCCUGGCUUUUGUUGC